AUGGCGGGAGGCGUGAAGGCCUCACCAGAAGUUACAGAUAAGGUGUUUUUUGACAUCACCAUUGGCUCCGAACCUGCCGGCCGUAUCGUCAUUGGGCUAUUCGGCAAGGAAACUCCCCGCACAGUGGAGAACUUUAAACAGCUCGCGACUGGCGUAAAUGGCUUCGGCUACAAGGACUCCACUUUCCACCGUGUAAUCCGCAAUUUCAUGAUUCAAGGAGGCGAUAUGACUAACCAUGACGGCACCGGCGGCAAAUCCAUCUAUGGUGCGCGCUUUGAUGAUGAGAACUUCAACGUGAAGCACUUCAUUGGUGCCCUGUCCAUGGCGAAUGCUGGACCAAAUACAAACGGCUCGCAAUUUUUCAUUACAACCGUGGACACACCAUGGCUUGACGGUCGCCAUGUUGUCUUCGGUAAGGUACUUGAGGGCAUGGACGUGGUGAGGAAAGUGGAGGGUGUAAAAACUGGUACUGGGGAUAAACCAACAUCACCUGUCCGCAUUUCCGACUGCGGUGUCUUGUAA